AUGGAAUAUAAUUUAGGGUACCGAGAAAUUAUACCUGAUCAAACGGCCGUUGAAAAAUGGACAGAAUUCACUCUCAAUACCGGUGGUACACAGAGCACAUUACAAGAUAUUAAAGUAUCUGAAAGAAGUGGCGGUUACUCAUAUAAAGAUCAGUCUAAGUAUUACACUAGAAAUCGUUUUAUUUAUUGGAGAAUACAUCAUGAAGUAUUAGAAUUGGUUGAGCAAAGUCUUGAUGUUAAUUUAAUUGGAAAUAGAAUAAGAUACCGUUUUGUAAAUACAACUGUGUUAGAUGGUAUUACUAUACAUGAAGCUUUCAACUCUGUCGUUAUAUUAGUGGCCACUGCAUCAUCAGUUCAUAGAUUAUCAUUUCCACAUCCAGAUUCUAUUCAUAGUCAGGAACAUGUAUUUCCAAGGUUGGGAAUCGAAUACAGUGCCAAAAGUAUAUUUGCUGAGACUACUAGUAAUGAUGCAAAAAAUCCAGCAUCCUUUUAUGUCAUUAAUAACACAUCAUCCGUUGCUGAUUCCCCUAUCCCGUGCACAAGUGCUACAGGACUUUCUAUUUCCCAACAGCAGUUUUUUUUUGCCCUAUCUUACAAUACUGGCGUGAUUUUAUUAAUUAAAUUAGAUGCCAUUACUGGAAAUUCUACUUCUACUGAAUUAAAACAGCACAAUGAUGCUCUGAUAAUGCCUAGAUUUAUAUCGCGGGCAUUUAGAGGAAAAAAUAAUAAGGAAAAAAUAGCUGUUAGCAUGUUGUUUCAAGAAAUUGCCUCUGAGACAUAUUUGUUUUGCUUGUGUGAAGACGGCAACGUUCAACUUUGGUCAACGUCGAAAAAAUAUUGUAGUUUAGUUACUGAUUUUACUCCAUCUGGAAAUCAAGGAAGUAUAAAAGCUCAGGGUCCAGAUUCAAAUAGUUUUAUUAUUGGAAUCCUUUUAUGUUUUUCAACUCAUUCUACGAUACAAAUAUUAAAACCGAAUGUUGAAAACGGUUCGUUUAGUUUAAAACCGUUUCUUUCAGCAUUCAUGCCAAAGGAUCAAGAUGUUAUUGACUUUGCUAUUACGUACAGUGAAGAUAUUUGGGCAGUUUUUCGGUCUCCUCACGGUGAAGCCAGCGUAUCUUAUUACAGAAACGGAAAUUGGGUGUCUUGUGUUUUAGAAAAUCCUUUGGAUGCUUUGGAAAUACCCAUAAAUGAAGAAAUGGAAGCAAAACAAAAUUACAUUGAUUUUAUUUUUCAACCUGGAAGGUUUCCAAUAUCAGUGAUAAAUAAAGCAUUAAGUAUUUAUCGAAAAUCAAACAUUAUAACUGACACCGGUUUACCUACUCAUGUUCUUAAGGAAAGAGUUUGUGCUGUGAUUGAUGCGCAAGUCAAUGCUGAACUGGAAGAACGUGAUUAUUCUGAAGAAGAAGUUAUCGAUAUGUUUAACAAUUGUUGGCAAAAAUUUUAUUCCUGUUGUGUCGAGUACUACGAGAAACUCAGCAGGUCAGAUGUUGUCGACGUUGUUACUUCCGGCGUGGUAAUUAUUAAAAAAUUAUACGUUUCGUUAAUAAGACCAAUGGAUAUAUUGGAGGCUGUUGCAUUAAAUGCCAGUUUGUCUGCCGAAGAAAUUGAACACGAAAAAGAAUUUUUAGCACCUGGUUGUGCAAAGCAACUUUUAAAAUUAGUUAAAAUAUUAUUAUAUUUGGAUGAUAAUUUGCCUUAUUCGAUGAAAAUGAAUUUCGAUAAAAAUUUAAAACAUUUAAAAUCUCCCAUAGCUGCCAUGAAUGAAUUUUUUAGCAAUGAUUUAAAUCCCGGAGAAGAAGAUACCCUUUCAAAUCUUGACAUUAUUUACAAUGUAGCGGUUAACGUGGAUCAAAUAGAUAAUAUCGAAGAGUUAAUGAUUGUGCUUUUGGAUUUAUUAGACAUCGGUCAACCUGAUUUACCCGACGGAUACGAUAAAAUAGAAAAGACGAAAUGGUUGAUUCAUUUGGGUCACUUAUACGGAAGUCAAUUCGCCGUCAGUUUUGUGACGAAUAGCCUUCAACAAAUCAUUAGUGUCCGAUGUCUUUUAAUAUUUCAACGUCUGUUGACUCUUGGUGCAUUUCAACAAUUUGUAGAUUUGCAAAAAAUUUCGGGAGGUUUAGAAGAUGGGAUUUUAGAAAGGACAUCAAUAUUGACUCAAUGUUAUUUUACUUUGGUCUGGUUGUUUCACACUCCUAUACAUCCGCCACAAUCAUUGGAUUCGGAAAAUUGUGCCUCCAUUUUAAAUCUUAACGGACUCAUUAAGAAUGCUUGGAUUCAUUGUGGCAGUCAGUACCACAAUAAAAAUAUAACAAUCGCCGAAUUAUUUUUGCAAAGUGCCGGAUCUACCGUUAUUCGAUUACUCUUAUCCAAAAGGGAAAUUCCGCACACUUUGAUUUUUUUUUCCUUAACGGAAUUAAAUUUCAAAUGGCCUGUUUGCAAUAAUACGAUAUUUCCCGAAUUUUUAUUGUCAUCUUCACAGUAUCUUCACGUUCAGGAAUAUACUCGGUUGCUGAGCCGUUGGUGUCAUUCAAAUAGUUACACUCGAAAAUUUUUAUUGGGUUGCUCUUUGCUUGACUCUGGAGAACAUUUUAAAGCUUACGAUGUGUUUAACAAGGCAGGACACGGGGUCGGAGUCGAUGAUUUUUUAAAGAAAAAAGUUGUGCAAGUCAAUGACAUUUUUAACAGGGAAAGGCUCACCGUGAUGUAUUACCUCAAAGUUAUAAAAUUAUUCGAGCAACAAAACCUGUACGAUUUGAUAAUUAAUUUAGCUAAAUAUGCCAUUGAAUUUGCGGAUCAGAAUGAUCCGGAACUUCCGACGCUGUAUUCUAUAGUAUUUUUAAAUCACCUUCAUUUGGGACAAUAUAAGGAAGCCUACGAUUCGUUAGUAUCUAAUCCUGAUGGAGACAGGAAAAAAGAUUGUCUGCGACAAUUAGUCGUGUCAUUAUUCAAUUCCAAAAUGUUGGACACUCUAAUGAAUUUUUCAUUUUCUGGAAUGCAAGAUGAUCUCGAAAGAAUUAUCGAGGGAAGAGCGAGAUCUCUCGACGUUGUAAAUAACGAUUAUUAUAAUUUUCUCUACGCUUUUCACACGUUGAAAGGAAGCAUGAGAAAAGCGGCUUGCGUCAUGUACGAACAAGCUUUUAGGUUAUCCAUCGACAAUACAGACACGUGCAUUAAAAUAUUAGAAAAACAAUGCAAAUGUUACAUUGCUGCCAUAAACAGUUUGAAUUUAGUCAAAAAAGAAGAUGCUUGGAUAGUGAAACCUUUUCUUAAUGAAGAAAUGGACGUUGUCAUUUCCGAUUCUCCUCGGAGAGGGAGAGGAGAGUGCACGCACAUCAAAAUACAUUUGAAAAAACAAGUCGAAGUCCUUGAAAUAAAUGACAUUUUAAAAGAAUAUUUUCUAUGCAAAGCCAGGUUACGACUUUUAAAAUUUUCUCCAGAGAAUUUAAAUAAAGUUUCUUCCGUUUUGAGCCCGUACGAAGUCAUUGGAAUUCUCACCAACGUCGGAUUUUAUAAAGAUGCCCUUGAAAUAUGCAAAAUGUUCAACAUAUCGCCAGAAACUGUUUUAUCCGGUCUGGCAGCUAAUUGCGUUAGAUUAGAUGAAACUCAGUGUAAUUCAGCGUGGGAAUGGCUGACGGAAAAUGAUAUAACAGAAUUAGGCGAUGGCACCGCAGCAAAUUUGGCAUGGAGACUUUUGGAAUCGUUUUUAAACAAGUACGAAGCAGAAGGAAGUAGUUGCCUUCACAGAGCCAUCACGUACAAACUUUUACAAUUGGGCGUUUUUAUUCCUCAUUGGUUAUUAGCUUCUUACAAGUUGAGAAAUCCUUCGGAAUUGUUGAGGUUGUUAUUCGACAACGGACGAUUAGAAGAAAGCGCACAACUUGCCAUAGAUUAUGCAAAAGCCGUUCUCGGUCACGGUAAAGAUCAUUUCAACAUAAAAUAUUCCAUGCUUCCGCACGUGCCGACAACGUGGUUACCUUUGAAUAUUUACGAUCUUAUUUUAUUGGAGCUGGAAAAUCAUGGGAAAACGGAUAGCGAAUACAAAGAACUUCACGAGGAACUUUUUGAAGUCAUGGAAAAAUAUUAUAAAACGGCGGCAUCGGUUUCGGAUGAUAAAAUCAAACUACUCAGAUAG